AUGGCGACCCUGACAAAGUGCGCGGGAACGUCCGACUUGAUGUAUGCCGCCGCGGUCGACGACGACCUACCAACUUUGGCCUUACGAACACUGCAGUGCUGCUAUGCAUCUGCAGAACGAUACCGUUAUAUUGAUUACGUGCGGGUUAACAAGAAAGUAGCAGGGAUCCUUGGCCCCGAGCUCGGCUUGAUCAAAAUUGAUGUUACAUUCGGCCAGUGCUACAUUUUCCUUCCAAAUUUCUACCGCCAAAACGGCCAUGUUGUUUCCGCCAUCUUUAUUAAGAACGCAUGGCCUCCCGCCUCCUGGCGUUGGUCAACAGCCAGCAAGGCGUUAAAGGCAUCAGCUACAGUCUGCACCAGUUCAGAUAGGCCCGUCCACCCGCCCCCGCGCGCGGUUAUUCGCGACCGGAGGGGGGUCGCUUUGAGAAGAUCCACGGGCCAGACAACGCUGGCCGGAGGGUUGCCGACGCCGAAACAUUUGACAUGCUGCGACAGCGGCACGGCACCGCAAGAUACUACUCCACUUUCGAAAGGAACGGACGUGAUGACAUUUGCGCCAGCCCUGGGUGGCUUAUUUUCUUUUUUCAUAUUCGCCAAUCUCGAACUAGGCCAG